GCCACAAUUUCCAUACUUAUCAGUCCAUGACUUAUGACGAAAAGGCCCUUGUAGAUGCCAUCUUGACGUGGUAGGUUUGUCGUCAUUGCGUCGAGCUCCCCAUGUGAUAUCUUGGCCAUUCCAGUGUGCUGCAUUCUUUGUGACAUAGCCAGUCGAAGCCCGUCCAUGAUGUAUUCUCUAGUACACUACAAUAUAUCAGGAUGGAAGCAGGAGCAAGGGCGGUUAUUGUCCACACGCAAUGCGGAGUACUGUGGACGACGACGUUCUCAGGUGGGACUUCGGUCCAAUGAAAACGCUGGGGGACACAACAAUAACUUGCCUUUGCGACUGGAGCAAGGCUCAGCAGUCGGACCGAAAACGAAAGCCCCCCCUUCUAGGCUGGGACUCGCCAGAAAUGGAAAGAGUUUCGCGCAGGUGUUCCGCAGUGUGUUGGCUGACAACUGUUGCAGCGCUGCGUGCACCGCUGCUACCUACUGCAAGGAGAGUAGGAUGCGGACAACAUUAAUGCGAACGAUCAUGCAUAAACGAUUUCCAAUAUCUGUACUUGGCUUCGUGUUGAUACCUUUGGUCUCUGGACGGAUAGACAACUCGUCGUGGCCAACAAGCGGAAUGUCCCACUACGAGAUAUCCGUACGUACUACCAGUCAUUCAUAACGUCGUGUCUUGAGGUGCUCAGAUAUCACUUCUUUCUUAGUCGCUCGCGUCUUCUCCCUCAAUAAGUAUGUUUUUUGCAUCUAUUUGGAUCGCUCGUUGACCACUUCGUGCUCUCUAACCUAGACAAGUGUCCA